GUGCUGCUCCCGUGAGCCUUCGCGUGCGCGCGCGCUGCUGCUGAUAAGGCACGCGCCGACGGCUCGCGAAGCGCCUCGUGUGUUCCGAAAACGGCGCGAGUGGGCUGUCGUGCGGGGAAAGUGAACGAGAGGGGUGUGUUCGCAGUCAACGGGGGGUUGGUGAAGGGGUUGCGUUACCUUCGCGAGCCCUUCGCACCGAGGGUCGCAAGGGCUGUGCGCGCCCGCCGCAGACAACCGCCUGGCGUACCGCGUUCCGAUAUCGCCUGCGACGAGAACCGAGUUCCCGCAGAACGCUUUUCGGGAUAGUUCCCGCACGAGCACGAUGAGCGACGAGACCCGGUCCAACCUCACCAGGGAAGACCUGGAGCAGAUGCUGGCCACGGCGAUAUCCGACCACGAGGUCACCAGCCUGACCCAGCCGGGCGACAACAUGGGCAGCGUGCUGCUGGCGGUGAAAGUGACCUUGAAGACGGGCAAGGUGUUCUCCCUGGUGGCCAAGAUGUACCCUGAGAACGCCGUCGCCGUCCAGGUGUUCAACAGCCCGGUGACGAUGCGCAAGGAGAUCGACAUGUACACGUUGGUGGCGCCGGAGUUCCAGCGGAUCCAGGAGGACAGCGCCGUGCCGCCGCCCAGACGGCUGGACGUGUUCUGCACGUGCGUGGCGGCGCGGGCCUCGCGCAGGGCCGGCGACGACGGCUCGCGUCUCGCCAACGACAGCUCCGUCAUCCUGUUGGAGAACCUCAAGUCGCUGGGCUACUCCUGCACCGACCGCAUCGCCGGCAUGGACCUCGAGCACGCCGAGAUGGUGGUGUCGCAUCUCGCCCGGUUCCACGCCACCGCGGUCGCCAUCAAGACCACCAAGCCCUUGCUGUUCAGGAACAAGGUCGCGAAGGCGCUGAACCCGGUCAAGGUGAGGCUGGACGACCGGGAGUUCGAGUUCAAGAUGGUGGACGGGUUCCUGGAGGCGCUGGGCCGGAAGAGCCCCGUCGUGCUCGAGAACGCCGAGAAGCUCGCGAAGAUCUUCCGCGAGGAGAUGGAGUACAAGUUCAGCGACGACUUCCGCGCGCCUCUGGAACCCUACGCCACCAUAACGCACAACGACCUCUGGACCAACAACAUCAUGUUCAGGCACAAGUCGUCCAAGCCGGCGCAGCUCAAGUUCAUAGACUUCCAGCUGCCGUGCCUCGGGUCGCCGGCGUCGGACCUGCUCUUCUUCCUCUUCACCAGCACCGCGGACGGGAUCGUGGUGGAGCACUUAGACCGCUUGCUCAAGUUGUACCACGACAGCUUCCUGCAGUGGCUGGGCGUGCUCGGGUGCAGCACGAAGAAGUACUCCUGGGACAGCUUCGUGAGGGAGCUGAGCAUAUUCUCAGUCCAGGAGCUGCAGCACAUCCUGUUCAUGUUGAACAUCGUGAUGAUGCACAAGGAAGAUGCGGAAAAAAUGUCGGAGGAUCUUCGUGAUGACAAUUUCGGUGGACCUCCUGAAUUGAACGAUGACCUCGUUCAGAGAGCGUCCCAAAUUGUGAGUGUCUAUGCUGAGAGAGGUUGGCUUUAAAAAAUGUUUAUUUGUUUAAAUAAAUAAAUUUGAUAGUUUAA